GCGCCUAGCCCGUCACCCUUCCCCGCAACGCCCGCGGUUCGCGCUGAUAAGAAUAUUCGUCGAUUUAGAUGUUACAUCCCGAAACCGGUAAAUCAAAACUGAGUUCCCGAUACCGCAUCGGUUUGACCGUCGCGUCCCGCCAUGGCGCCGCUCGCCUCCAUUUAACUUACUCAACUUCAUGUAACUUACUUAACUUCAUGUAACUUACUUAACUUAAUGUAACUUCCUCAACGUAAUGUAACUUAAUUUAACUUAACGUGCCUCGUACACAUUCAAACAAAAUGCAACCUGCGUGAUACCUAUGAUCUGAAUUAUUUAUGUUACCCCUUAAACGAUGGGAUAAAAUUUACAAGUGCGUGCUCCACCGGUCUUUUGGUUAAAUUUCAGUGUGUGCUUGGAGUUAUUUCAUCCAUUCCAAUAUGAUUGCUAAACGUUUUUUGGAUCUAGGUAUGGUUGUGAUCAUUUUUUUGGCGCUCCUGAAAUGCUCGUCCUCUCUCAAGGGCUCCAAAUAUUUUAUGCUGGGACAACUAUCCACCACAGCGCGACCUGGCGGCGAUGGGGUGAAUCGACUAUGGGACCCGACGUGGACGGACAGGCUGAAAACGGACCUGCUGAAAUCUUACGACAAGUACUCACGACCGACUGAACAUCAAAAUAUCACCACCGUCUACCUUAGCUUGAUCCUCCUACAUGUCUCUUUGGAUUAUAGCAAAUCGGAAAUGGCGCUUAAUUGUUGGCUUCCAAUGAGUUGGCAGGACGAGAAGCUGAAGUGGAAUACAAGUGACUACAAUGGAAUUUCUCGGAUUAACAUCCCGCAACAUGAGAUUUGGCUUCCGGACAUCCUCGCUUACAACAGCGCGCACGGGAACAUAAUCGAUUACUACGGACAGACGAGCACGAUCGUGAAAUCCGACGGGUCCGUGUUGUGGGUUCCCCCGAGCCGCUUCACCGUGUUCUGCACCCUGGACCUCACUUACUGGCCGUACGACCAGCAGACCUGCCAGCUCCGCCUCGGCUCCUGGAGCUACGACGGCAACUCCAUCGACGUACAGCUCGACAAGGCCAAGUCCUCUAUCGAAGAUCUGGAGGUCUCUGAAUGGAAAGUAAUCGAUGUCUCACAAAAGAGGUUCGUUCAAUAUUACCACCAUUGCCCGGAGCCCUACGUCGAAAUCAUAUUUUCUUACACUGUGAAAAAAGAGUCUCCGGCCUUCUUCUACACUAUCAUCUUUCCAGCCAUAGUGACGAUGAUGCUAACAAUGAGUGCAUUUUGGCUGCCUCCGGAAUCGAUGGAGAGAUUCAUCCUUAACGGUAUCUGCGCUGUUAUUGCUGUCCUCUUCCUCAUCUACUUCUCAAUCAAGUUACCUAUCAUGGUCCACACACCCCUCAUAGUUGUGUUUUACUCGACCGUGUUGGGCUUGAUGGGCGUAUCUCUGGGGAUCUUCAUCGCCAUGGACAAUCUACGGAAACAGGAAUCUCAUCCAAAGCCAAUCUCAAGGCUCCUCAGUUCCAUAGCUGAUUUUAGGCUUGGACAAAACUUCUUGAGACCUUCCCCUUAUUCAACACUAUUGAAUUCUGACGAGAGGAGUAAGUUUGGAGGCAUUAGAACGCCCAAUGGCAGUGCAACAGGGAUGCCGUCGAUGAUCUCAAACGAAAACCUGAUCGGGAAGAAAGGAAAGCCACAACCUUAUCCACUUUCCGCCGACCAAACUUUUCUAAAACCGAGCUCCAAUGAAUGGCGUUCUCUGGCUACAUUAUUUCAUAAAAUCUCUCUCGUUGCGCACGUUCUCAUGUACCUCAUCAUUUUGAUAAAGUGUUUUUACUAAAAAGAAGAAAAACAAACAA